CUAGCUGAAUUUGUAGCGAAGCCCUACUGAAAUCGCGAGAGCACUUCGUCCUCCGAGCUGACAGUUGCAAAGAUCACAGUAGUUGUGAGCAUUUGCACCAAGUGUUAGACUUCGUCACCGGAAACCAGUGAAGACUGAUAGCAGAGAUGUCGUCUGAAGGAACACUAAGUGUUGGAGGGGAAGAAGGGGUGAGGGAUGUGACUUCGAGCUCGAUCUCUACUUCGAGCUCGAGCUCGAGCUCGAGUGGGAAAAGUGGGGGUAGUACUUCAGUUAGUGGGGGAAGUAGGGGUAGGAUCCUAGUGAGUGGGGUAAAUGGGGAUCAAGAGGGUGGCCUUGUCCCAACCAACAUUUUAGAGGUUGGUGACAAUCGGGGAAGAUGUUAUGAUGAGAGUGACGAGGUGGUGGGGGAGGUGAUGAGGUAUGAAUCGUGCUGGAGGUGUAGGGGGGAGCUGGGGCACUUAGUGGAGAACUAUAGUAUUCCACCCCAUGUGCUGGUAAGGCCAGCAGGAGGUGAGGAGCGAGCGUGUUCGGCUCCAAAAGACCAUUGGAUACCCUUGUACGCGAACUACCUAGCAGCUGGGCUCCGAUUCCCAAUCCCGGAGUUGCUGGUAGCGCUGCUAAAGGAGUACGGGCUGGGGUUGACGCAGCUCGUCCUUAAUGGAGUUCGGUUGGGGGGUAGUGGGAAGGAGAAGGGGUGGUUUUACUUUACACCUCGGGUAGUUGGAGGGAAGAGUAGAAACCUGUUCACUGCAGGUCCUUCCUCCAUUAAGGGGUGGAAGGAGAAGUUUAUCUUUGUGGAUGACACAGAGUGGGGGAGGGGGGAUAGGGAGGUGGAAGAGCUGAGUAGGUGGAAGGGGAAGAGAAGAAAUCCGAACCAGUACCGGCUGGGCGAGGUGGAGAAGGACGAGGUGAAGAUGUUGGAAAGAGGUGGGGGGGAACUGGCGAACAUAAUGUACCUCACUAAUCCAGAGGUAGUGGAGUCGUCUGGAAUCUAUGGGAGGAGCUCGUUGAGCAGAAAAGAGAUGAAUCGUUUGAGAGCUGGGGGCAGACCAAUACGACUUCCGAAGAAGAGGUCAAGGGCAUCAACCUCGGGUGCUCAAAAGGAGCGGGUUGGAGGUGGGACUUCAAGGCCUCCAGCUGAGGUGGGGCCCAGCUCUGAGCCCAGGAGGGGUGUACUUGAGGAGGUCGUCGCCCGGAAGAGGCCAAGGGUGGAGGAGGUGCAGCCUUUGCAGGUUGAGGCCUCGGUCGAGUUCGUACCUCAGCCAGCCCCAGUUCAGAUUGACCCGGCACUUCGGGAGACUAAGGUGGUGGUGCCUGGUAGGGGGAAGAGCUCCGUUCCUUACCUCAGGGCGAAGGAUGAGCUGGCUGUCAGUGGGGGGGCUGGGGUAGUUCGGCAGGCCCUGGAGACCGCGAACUUAGUGAAUGAAAUGGCGGUCGAGUUCUUCGAUUGUCUCCAAGAGUGGCUUGCCUUGGUGAAGAAGAAUGAGGAGCUCAGCCGCCAGAAGGAAGAGGCGGAGAAGAACUUCGGUGAGCUGACCUCGGAGCUGGAGAAGGUCAGGGAGGAGUUGGCCAACUCGAGGAAGGUUGCUGAGUUGGAGGAGCAGAAGAGGAAGAAGUGCGAGGAGGCACUUGCAAGGAGGGAGAGUGAGCUGGCCGAAGUGAAAAAGGCAGCCGAGUUGGCGGUCCACAACUCUGUGGAGGAGCACGUUUUGGACUUCGUGAAGUCUGCCACGUUUGCUGAGGUGGUGGACCUCUAUCGCUUGCCAACACUGGUAAUGGCCUUCACCGACUGUCGUAAGAAGGUGAAGGCGCAGAAUCCAGAGGUGGACGUGACAAGCAUCACCUUUGGUCCUGAGGAGGCGGGGGUAGAGGAAAACAGGGAUAGCAAGACGGCGGAGUUCCGUCCUAAGGUGAAACUGACUUGGGAGCGGGACGAGGCUGGAAAAACUAUCCUCCCACUGACACUAGACUUCGAGUUCGUUGUUGUGGACGAGGAGGAGGCCGAGGUGGCACCGAGCACGGAGGUGGGGGACAACAUACGGAAUGAAGAAGUGGACCAGCAUCUCCAGAUUAUUGAUUGAGCUCGGCCAGCUCACCUUUUGUAAUUUUUAGAAUUUUUAACAUAUGUAGAAAACAAUCUUUAUUGCAAUUGGAAUGAAUGAAUUGAAAUCUU